AUGAUCUGUUAUGUUUUGCUCGUUCUCUCUAUUCUCCUCUCCGUCACAGCUGGAGGAGGAGGAGCUAAGGCGGCAUACAAGCCCACAGAUGUCUUUCUCAUCAACUGCGGCGAUACUUCCGACAACAUGGAUGACAAUGGUCGGAAAUGGACGGCAGAAGAUUGGAAACUCCUGUCAUCGAAUUUAGUCAACGCAUCGUUGUCUUCAGAAGCUGCAUACCAAGACUCAGGGGUUACUCUGAUUCCGUACAUGAAAGCUAGAAUUUUCCGAUCAGAGUUCACCUACACUUUUCAAGUCACUCCUGGUUGGAAAUUUAUCAAGUUAUACUUUUACCCGACCCGAUAUGGAUCCGACUUCGUCCCCAUCAGUUUUUUCUUCUCUGUCAGCGUAAACGGUUUCACUCUCCUACGAAACUUCAGCGCUGAUUUAACGGUAAAAGCUUCUAAAAGAGAGUCAACUUUAAUCAAAGAGUUUAUCGUUCCAAUUCACCUCUCCGGGUUAAAUCUCACGUUUAAGCCGUCUCCAAAUUCGUUAGCUUUUGUUAACGGUAUCGAGAUAGUCUCCAUGCCUGACCGUUUUUACUCAAAGGGAGGAUUUGACGACAAAAUUACAAACGUUGGCAGGGAAUUUGACUUGGAGAUAGACAACUCCACGGCUUUCGAGACGGUUCACCGGUUAAACGUAGGUGGACAAAUGGUGGGCGAGGACGAAGAUUCGGGAAUGUUUAGGCGGUGGCUUUCUGAUGAUGAGUACCUACUCGGUGGUUCUGGAGUUAUUCCGGACAUAUCAAAUGUGAUGAUCAACUACACGGAAAAAACUCCAGCAUAUGUUGCCCCGGAAGAUGUGUACACAACAUGCCGCUCGAUGGGAAACCCCAAAAAUCCUGAGGUAAACCUGAAUUUCAACAUGACGUGGUUUUUUACAGUCGACGCCGAGUUUAAUUACCUCGUGAGGCUUCAUUUCUAUGAGACUGUAUCCGACCAAGUGAACAAACCGGACCAACGCGUCUUCACCAUCUUCAUCGGGGAUCAGAUUGCUAAGGAAGAUAUGGACGUGAUUAGGUUGAGCGGUGGUUCUCGGAUUCCGAUGUAUCUUGAUUUCCAAGUAUAUGUUGGUUCUGAAAGUGGGCCAAGACCUGACUUACGACUUGACUUGUAUCCUUAUUUGAAAUAUAAUCCAACAUAUAUUGACGUCAUUCUGAAUGGUGUAGAGAUUCUCAAGCUUAACAACUCAGACGGUAAUCUCGCCGGACCUAAUCCAAAUCCUCCAUUAUCAUCAAACUUAACACCAAACCGUGUACGGCCGCAGAUGAAAGGUAAAUUACAUGUCCUGGUUAUAAUCUUCAUAGUCGUUGGUUCUGCAAUUGGGCUGGUGGCUUUUAUUGUUGUUAUCAUGUUGUCAAUACGUCAUAUGAAGAGGAAGAGUAAAAAGGAAAUUAGUGUCGUCAUGUACAAGAAGCUACUGAAUAUGUACACUUAUGCAGAACUAAAGAAAAUUACAAAGUCUUUUUCUUACAUAAUUGGGAAAGGAGGAUUUGGAACCGUGUAUGGAGGAAGUCUUUGUAAUGGUCGUAAGGUUGCAGUGAAGGUCUUGAAAGACUUGAAGGGAAACGGUGAGGAUUUCAUCAAUGAAGUCGCAAGCAUGAGCCAGACAUCUCAUGUAAACAUUGUUUCUCUUCUUGGUUUCUGCUAUGAAGGGUCUAGAAGAGCGAUUGUGUAUGAGUUUUUGGAGAAUGGGUCUCUCGACCAGUUUAUGUCUAGAAAUAAGUCACUGAGUCAAGAUGUUACGACAUUAUAUGGAAUCGCGUUGGGCGUCGCUCGAGGAUUGGAAUACUUACAUUAUGGCUGCAAAACAAGAAUUGUGCAUUUCGACAUUAAACCUCAGAAUAUUCUUAUAGACGGCAAUCUUUGUCCUAAAGUUUCAGACUUUGGACUCGCUAAGCUUUGCGAAAAAAGAGAAAGCAUUUUGUCGCUGAUUGAUGCAAGAGGAACUAUAGGUUACAUUGUACCUGAGGUGUUCUCAAGAAUGUAUGGCAGAGUCUCGCAUAAGUCUGAUGUGUAUAGCUAUGGAAUGUUGGUGCUCGAGAUGAUUGGAGCAAGGAACAAAAGAGUUGUAGAAACUAUUGAUCCCGUUGCUAGUUCGACUUACUUUCCAGAUUGGAUCUAUAAGGAUCUUGAAGAUGGAGAACAAACAUGGAUAUUGUGUGAUGAAAUAGCCAAAGAGGAAAAAGAUAUUGCAAGGAAGAUGGUUUUGGUAGGUCUCUGGUGUAUUCAACCAUGCCCAUCAGAUCGUCCACCGAUGAACAAAGUUGUUGAAAUGAUAGAAGGAAGUCUCGAUGUGCUUGACGUCCCACCUAAGCCUUCUAUGCAUAUCUCCACUGAAGUUAUUCAUGAAUCUUCUUCAGUUUCUUAUGGCGAGGAAAUAGAGGAUGAAAUGACUUGGUGAUAAUUAUUGAUAUGAAAAUUCAUGUAGGUUUUGUU